AUGACGAGGCGACGAUCUCGGCCGCCCGUCAGGCUGGUCGAUGUGAUUUUCCUGGCAGGCACGGCGUCAGGGACCGUCUUUUCUCUGUCCAACUUCCAGAUGCUGGCGGGAGGAUUGGUGCCGCUCAACUGCAUCCUUGCCUACAACACACCAAUUCGAGGAUGCCGUAUCCGCGACUUCAGCGAGAAAACGUGCCCUGACGAGUGCCGAGAUUCCUUGAAUGAGGUUCAGACCAAUGUUCAGGCGUCGUGUGACCUCAUCGGUGCUGGCGAGGGCACUCUCCUAUUCAAGGCGCAGAAGGGCACCCUGACAGACUCGCUGUGCCGACCACAGGAGGAAAUUAUCCCGACGCCGGAACCGACGCCAGCGCCAGAGACGACAAUUCGGAGCUUCUCUAUCAUUCCGUCAGAGGCACCGCCCCCUCCCCCGAGCACAUCGGAGCCGACUACCAUAUCCAGCGUACCGUCUACGUCAGAAGUCGAGUCGACAUCUACAGUGACGUCAACGAGCUUCACCUCGAGCAUCAGGUCGACGGUCAAACCCAAGAGCACGUCUACACCUCCAUUACCGUCGACGAAAAGCGAAUCGACAUCGACGUCGUUAUCGUCAUCCUCAACAACUCAAGGGUCGAGACAGACGAUUCCGCCAGGGAGCGGUGGUGGCAGCCCGUUCGACUUUAUCAGCGCUGCCUCCGCAUCGCGAUGGUUGGACGUCGCCGUGAUGUUGGGCGCGGCCGGGGGCGCGGCCGUUUUCGUCGUGGUCUAA